AUGGCAAACAUGGUCAUCGGGAGAGACCAGCUUUCAAAGAACGUUGGAGAACUCACUGUUUUCACAGCGACUUUGGGCAGACGUUGGGUUUCCAGAGUAAUCAGCUCCAAUCUUGCCGGAUUGGACUCUGAGGAAUCAAUUACAAAUUCCACCGACAAGACCUACGAACUGCUCUCCAAGACCUUGGCAGCCGUCAAAGAGAGUAACAAGACGACUAGGACCUCCAUGGAAUCGCUUUCGGAGGCAGUGGUAGCGGGUGUCAGAAAUAUAAGAAUACAACUAGCUGUGGGUGCCUCAACACCCCAAUUUCUUGAUUCUCUCCUGAAAUAG